CCUGCCCGACGUGUGGCGCUCUCGUGUCACGUGACCGCCCUGGGUGGACGCAGCAUGGCGUGCGUGAGUGCGGAGCUCCUCCACAAACUCAACUUUAUUUGCACUUAGUUCGUCUUUAUAUUCAACCCAUCAAAGGGGACGUGAACGUAUUGAAAGCUGGAAUACCGCUCGCAGCAUGGACGAAGCGAAUAAACUCCAGUUCCCGUCCCUGCCCGCCGCCAAAGAAGAGCAGCUGGACUGGGCAUAUACAAUGAGAAGAGAGAUGCAGGAAAUCCUCCCAGGCUUGUUUCUUGGCCCGUAUUCAGCUGCUGUGAAGAGUAAGCUCUCAAUGCUGGAGAAGCAGGGGAUAACUCACAUUGUGUGUGUCAGACAAGACAUUGAGGCCAACUUUAUAAAGCCAAACUUUCCCCAUAAAUUUAGGUACCUUGUUUUAGAUAUAGCAGAUAACCCUGUGGAAAACAUUAUUAGAUAUUUCCAAAUGACUAAAGAAUUUAUUGAUGGAUGUUUAGAGACGGGGGGAAAGGUACUUGUUCAUGGAAAUGCAGGGAUUUCAAGA